UGAAGUUGAAGAUGUCUGAUGAAACAGUCAAAAGUGGCCAAUAUCGAUAAGAGGAUUGACUGGGUCACUGCGAGUUGCGCGCUGCUCAUACCAGUAGACUGCAGUUGCUACGGUACCUGCUCCAGUGGUAGGAGACACCGAGGGGGAAAUUAUGAAUGCCCGUUAUGUAUCGAUCACUGUUGUCAGUGCAUCACAACAAAAAGAACUGGAUGGAACAGAGUCUAGAUAAGAAGAGUCCUGCGCCUGGAAAAUCCGGAACUGCACUGGAAAGUCGUGACAAGCGGGUACGGGUGGUAGCGCAAGACGUAACUGGCAACAGCUAGCUGGUAGUAGCGUUGAUCGUUCACACCACCACUGAAAUCACCAGAAUAGAAGUUCCGACUGAAGUUAGUUCCGAACUGCAGUUGUGAGCGCCUAGCCGUUCCGGAGCUGUCGCGCCCUCGACUGUGGUAGAAUCAUCUCAUCGCUGUAUGUACCUCCUCUGGGCUAGCUCUGGACUCUAUCUUCAGCGAACAUGACGUACUCGGACUAUACAUGUCGAAACCACGGGAGAUGUUUGGCUGUGGCAUCCAUUGCUUUCAUCAUCCAGCUAUGUGUUGUGUCUGGCCAGUUAACCGAGAGUCCAAUGUCAACGGCAGGCCGAGUUGGUGAGUGUCCAACUGAACUGUCGGUAUUCAGCCUUGCACUAAUGAACUGUAACAGUGACCUGGAGUGCACAAAUCAACUGUGCUGUCUUCAACCCAACACACAACAGAGGUUUUGUGUGGAUGCGGUCAUCACCAACCCCUCAGGAAACAGUGGGUGUGUGCACGAGGGAGUGGCGCGUGCCAAUCUUGACACAUGGCAAAGCAGUGCAAUGACUGGAAAUGCAGCCUGUUCCUGCGAUAAUGGCGCAGUGCGGUGUGUAAAACCCGGCGAGUGCAGCACGGGCUUUCAAGAGCCUUCCGGCAGUGGUCAGUGUGUGUCCUGUGCGCUGGGCAGAGAUGACCAGUGCACGUCCACCAGCAAGUGCUGUCCUACCAUGAACAGCUGCAUUGGCGUGUCGGCAUGUUUCACAUCCACAGCCCUGCAAUGUGCAACCAAUGACAAUCAACAGAGCAUGAUAGCUGGUGGCGCUGUAUCACGGUCAGACCAUAGUGGACUGCCUGCAACAUGCCAGGACUGCAUUUGCAAUGGAAGCAGCGGGUCGUUUGUCAGAAGCGGUGGCUGUCCAGACGUGUGUGUUCCCAAUGUCUGCUAUGUAGAACUUAACAGCAGUGUGACAACUGUCAUGCAAAAUAACCCGCAAACGUUGACGAAUGCAACUGCAAGUUAUCAGUGUGCAUGCAUCGCUGGUCGACUGCAGUGCAAACGUGGAGCCGGCAAUGGUGGUGAUGGUGGUGAUGGUGGUGAUGGUGAUGAGGAUGAUGAUAGUACGGCUGCUACAGUUGUGCCUGGUAUGGUGCUGCAAGUGGCAUCUUGUAUAGUACUCUGGACCAUGUUCAUCUAAAGAAGCAGCACUGAGCAAAGACUAAUAAUUAUUGUAACUAACCACUGAAGAAGCUCGAUAGCUACGCCUGUAACACAAACUCGUUUUCGGCUCCGAUGAAUUGCUUCGACACAAGAAAACUGCCUGCAGCUUGUUAAUUAAAUGACCACUGCACUUGUGUAGAUGUUCUGAGCAGCAACUAAUGAUACAAAUCUCUGCUGAUCUGUCCCUUGUCACGGGCGGCUUUUCUGCUUGGAUUUCAUUGAGUACCCAUAGAGCCCGGACAUGAAUGGCACAGCCUCUAAUGAUUACUGCAUAACCUGUGCCCACAUUUUUCUCAAUUGUUACAAUUUUUCCUUGGCUCACCAUCCGAGUUCCUCUAAUAAUUAUUGUUAUAUUAUUGAAUUUGUUCCACCUCCACCA